AUGUUCAGCAUACUCCGGCGAGACCUGCUCGCAAGCCGGAGUCCCCUCUCUCGACAUAGCCUCCGCCAGCUUCGACGCUCGUCCAGCGAAACACCUCAAGCGACCUCCCGCAUCGCCCGCAUCGAAUCCCGCCUCCCCAAGUUCCUCCGCCGCUACAUCCAACCCCUCCGCACCGCUCCUCUCUCCCACAUCACCGCCUUCCUCAUCCUGCACGAGCUCACCGCCAUCAUCCCGCUCUUCGGCCUCACCGGCGCCUUCCACUACUACAAUUGGCUCCCACCCUACAUCAGCGAGGGCAAGUGGGUCAGCGACGGGACGGAGAAGUUCGGCAAGUGGAUGAGGAAGAAGGGGUGGAUUUAUGAUGAGGAGAGGAGUGGGAGGUACUUUGGGAGGGGGGAGGCAGGCAUGAGGAUUGUGGUGGAGUUGGCGACGGCUUAUGCUGUUACGAAGAUGUUGCUGCCGUUGAGGCUGGUGGGGAGCGUGUGGGCUACGCCGUGGUUUGCGAGGUGGACUGUUUUGCCGGUUACGAGGAGGGUUGGAGGGUGGUUUGGGAGGGGCAAAGGCAAAGGGGGUGUGGUGAAAGGAGGGGAUGCCGCUGGGACGGGGGCUGUUGGGGGUGGGGUUGUGUCGAAGGGGAAGUGA